AACAAUGGGUGACCGGUAUCGGCUGAUCAAACACUACUGGUACUGGUGAAUGGAAUAUUCAUAUUUUCAACCAUGGCGACGAAUGUUACCUCGUAUUAUGAUCCUGACGGUAUCCUGAGUAAUCGUAAGCUGAUCACCCUGUCAACUCUGAUCGGUGACCGUUACCCUUUGCUUGGUCAGCGGCUUGGACUGUCCAGGGCACAGCUAGACCAGGUCAGAGAGUCUGGAAACCUGCAGCAUCAGGUCUUCAAGAUGCUUGAAUUGUGGAGGGAAACGUUCAGGGAGAACGCCACCCUAGGAGCUCUCAAGGACAUCGUCAAAGACCUGGGUUGGAUCUCGGUCUACACGCAGAUCGUAAACACUCCGGACAAUUUCUACGUUGUUUUGUAAAGGCCCGGAGGAUGAGACUUUUAGCUAGGCCAGCCAACUUAAAUUUGACAGUUGUCAUUGUCAUUGGGAACCUGGGAUCAGUGGAAUUAUGAGGGAUUUAGAGAAGCAGCUCGACCAACCUGAUGGACUGUACUUUAACGGAUGAUGAUGAUCACCUGAUGGCACACAAUGAAAUUCUGACUGACCUUAGGAAUAUUAUCAUCAGGGACUUUGGGAAUAUCAGUCAACACCUGCACGGAUUCAAUGUGUAACAAGACCUAUUUUUUCAUAAAUAAAGAUGAAAUUCAAUCGUAGACUUGGUGCAGGAAUGUCGAUCUGUUUCAUCGGUGUGCUGGAAAUCUGGGAGAGAACUUAGUUACAGCCACAGGAGUUUGUACUGAUGGCACAGCAGCACCUUCAAGAUCUGGGGAGCGUUUCAUGAAAGGACUUGUCAGACGUUUUAUCCGACAAGUCCUGUUUUAUCCGACAGUUGC